AUGAAGUUGACCGUAUCGGAGGUGAAAACCUUCCGUCCAGUGAAGUAUUUUAAGGAAAAUUGUGAUAAGAUUAAUUCUCUGAGCUAUACUGACAACGGAGAAGCUAUCAUAUCAAGUAGUGAUGAUGAUCAGAUGAUAAUGUAUGAUUGCAACUCUGGAACUCCCAAGAGAACAAUUAAUAGCAAGAAAUAUGGUGUUAACCUUAUCCAAUUCACUCACAGUCCGACGACAGCAAUCCAUGCUUCAACAAAGAUUGAUGACACAAUUAGGUAUUUGUCCCUGCAUGACAACAAGUACAUUCGAUAUUUUCAAAGCCACGUAAAGCGUGUCGUGUCUCUAUGCAUGUCUCCUAUCGAUGACACAUUCCUGUCCGGCGCGUUGGAUGGUACUGUGAGGCUAUGGGAUUUACGUUCCCAAAAUUGUCACGGAGUAAUGCAUGUACCCGGUCGUCCCACAGCAGCUUUCGAUCCGGAUGGUCUAAUUUUCGCCGCGGGAAUCAAUUCCGAAUGUCUUAAACUAUAUGACUUGCGCUCCUUCGACAAGGGUCCCUUUGCCACCUUCAAAUUAACUACUGUGGAGGCUCAAGGAAUUGAGUGGACUAGUCUGAAAUUUUCUCCAGACGGAAAAACCAUUCUUAUUUGCACAAAUGGCAAUUUUCUUCGUCUUGUAGACGCCUUUUCUGGGGUUCAUCUUCACACUCUGACGGUGGCAAAUAACACGGAGCGACAGACUUUAGAUGCAUGUUUCACACCUACCAGCCAGUUCGUGAUCAGCACUGCACCAGAUGCCUUUCUCCAAGUCUGGUCGGUGGAGACGGGUGGACGGGUGGCCGCAUUACCGAGCUUCGAGGCGGCCAGUCAGAUGACAGGGCCCAGCGGGGUGCUCAAUUGUGUGGCCUUUAAUCCCCGUUUUGCUAUGCUCGCUACGGGAUCUGUGCAAACGUCCUUCUGGUUGCCUAACAUUGAUGCUGAGUGA